AUGGCACCUCUGAUGUUUCAAUUGCAUUCUCUUAUUGUUGAUCAGUUUUGGGUUAAAGUGAAGUUGGUUUCGAGAUCGAGUCUGCAUGACGUCGUUCAGUGUGCGUUAUCGUUUAUGAUCGCGACGUGCUUCAGUGCUUCAUGGUCGGUGUUUCAGGAUUCUCGUACACGAAGCCGUAAAGAACGCUUUCUGCGAUUUGUGCUACGCAGAAAGCCGUGCUUGUUUAUACUCAUCAUCGAACUAUUACUUGCGACCCUUCUGUGUCUCGCAUGCUACGCGUUACUCGUUAAAAACUUACACAUCUCGCGUCAUAUUUCGGAUAUCCGGCGAGAGAAUGCUCUCUUGUCAGAAUUCGGUGCAUACCGGGAAUAUAUGGAUUGCAGAUAUUAUGCGAGAAGCUUGAACUUUGAUACGACGAAGUGCUUGGAGGAUGAAGACGAGAGCGCGUAUAUGAGUAGAGUGUAUGUUUUGCUAAGCGGUGAAGACUGCAUUAAGAAUCGAACCGAAUAUGUUCGAUGCAAUUUGCGACAAGCCAAAUCUGCUGACUUCGCAGUGAAACAUUUCAAGCAAUUUCAUCCGUGCGGUGGCUUGCGAGGUAAAGUCAUAAAUGCCCUAAGAACGCCUUAUACUUCCAUAUAUGCACCGUCAAUAGACGUGAGUAAAUACCAGGGUAGAGUACUGCGAAUAAAAGAUUUCAUGGUUAAGUGCCCAGUUUGUUUUUACAGUUCACGGUUUCAAGACCGAACCGACGGAGACUCAAACGUGACGCGAUGUGCUCGAGAUCUGGCAACCGUACGUCCUGGAUGGCCAGAAAUAGCACGAUAUUGCGAUGACGAACAACUUCAUGAAGUAGCCGAUUUCUGCAAACUUUAUAAAGAUGUCAUGAUCGAAAUAUUGGGAUUUUUCUGA